AAGAACCACCAGGGCAGCUUCAUUCAAACAGUUCAUUAUCAACUAGCAUCUCCAUCCAUACCACCCGCUUUCAAUCCAAUUUCUGCCAGCAUAUCCAUCAUGACGAAGCCAAUGACUAUUCUUCUUGCGCUGACCAGCAUUAUGUACCCCCUUGCUGAGGCUAAAGCCUGUACCGAGGGUCUCGAGUACUGCGGCUACAACCUAUUGAAGAAGGGCAAGUACAUGAGCGAGAUCGACAACGAGCUCAAGAGAGUCGGGCUCCCCCGUGAGGACCCGUACGAGAGACAUUCCCUCUUCCACUGCGGCAGCGACGGAUGGAUUCGCUGGAAUGUCUACUGCGGCAACUGUGUAGAUGGCGGCAGCGGGAAGAGCGACUUCUGCAGGUAGAGCAUGACAAAACGGGCGUGGGAGCACGUGCGGGAGAGUGAUUUGCGGAUCGUGCUCAGCACUUGAUACUGGUAAAGGGUUAAGGCUCAUUUACUAUUUCGCUCUUCCAUGCCGUCGAAAGCUGGCCUCUUGUGGUAGUUUAAGUGUUCAAUGCGAUGAGGAAAAUUGAAGGGGAAAAUGACGAGACUUUUGACCGACUUCUUGCGCUGUCGUUAUACCGAGCCGAUGCUCAAAAAAGCAACACGGCCGUAGAUAAUCUUGUCUCGUGCUUAAGAAUGAUAUGGCGGCCUGGGACUUCUGCCUCUAUAGUUGUUACACGUGAUAGCUACGUACCAUGCCCUUUGGGGGAGGGGUACUUGGUGCAGCGGGUGUAGUCUGGACAACCAAUACGACUGCUAUUACUCCGUACUCAUGUGGUCAAAGUGCGACUCGUUCUUGCAUGGGGCUCGUGGCUUGUCUUAACGAGUAACACCUGAC